AGAACAUACCUUCCACUCUUCUCCAAGACCAUGAGAACCAGCGACUCUUCGAGAUGCUUGGACGGAAAUGUUGGACGCUGGCCACUGCGGUUGUUCAGCUGUACCUGGCGCUGCCCCCUGGAGCCGAGCGGUGGACCAAGGAGCAUUGUGGGGCUGUGUGUUUCGUGAAAGAUAACCCCCAGAAGUCCUACUUCAUCCGCCUUUAUGGCCUUCAGGCAGGCCGGCUGCUCUGGGAACAGGAGCUGUACUCACAGCUGGUCUACUCCACUCCCACCCCCUUCUUCCACACCUUUGCUGGAGAUGACUGCCAAGCGGGGCUGAACUUUGCCGACGAGGGUGAAGCCCGGGCCUUCCGGGCCCUGGUGCAGGAGAAGAUACAGAAAAGGAAUCAGAGGCAAAGUGGAGACAGACGCCAGCUACCCCCACCACCAGCACCAGCCAGUGAAGAAAGAAGAGGAGGGCUCCCACCUUUGCCCCCACCCCCAGGUGGAGACCAAGGAGGUCCAGCAGCUGGCCCACUGUCCCUGGGGCUGGUAACAGUAGACAUUCAGAACCCGGACAUCACAAGUUCACGAUAUCGUGGGCUCCCGGCACCUGGGCCUGGCCCAGCUGAUAAGAAACGCUCAGGAAAGAAAAAGAUCAGCAAGGCUGAUAUUGGUGCGCCCAGUGGAUUCAAACAUGUGAGCCACGUGGGGUGGGACCCCCAGAAUGGAUUUGACGUGAGUAACUCUAAAGUCCCCUGGACCCCACUCAACUCCCACCUACCCUUUCAUAAUCUACCAAUCAGACCUAUCCCCAGAACCCACCCUUCCCACACCCAUCUCGGUUCCUUCUCUGGGGUGGACUCAGUGAUAAUCUGUGCCCCUUCCCUCCCCACCUUAUUUGCCCACCCCUUUCCUGGACUUUUUCCUCCUGGGCAGGUAAACAACCUGGACCCAGAUCUGCGGAGCCUGUUCUCUAGGGCAGGAAUCAGUGAGGCCCAGCUCACUGAUGCUGAGACCUCUAAACUUAUCUAUGACUUCAUUGAGGACCAGGGUGGGCUGGAAGCUGUGCGGCAGGAGAUGAGGCGCCAUGAGCCACUUCCACCACCUCCACCGCCAUCUCGAGGAGGGAACCAGCCCCCCCGGCCCCCUACUAUGGGGAGUAACAAGGGUCGUUCUGGUCCACUGCCCCCUGUACCUUUGGGAGGUGCUCUGCCCCCACCAACUCCCCGGGGCCCCCCACCCCCAGGCCGAGGGGGCCCUCCACCACCACCUCCUCCAGCCACAGGACGUUCUGGACCACCACCCCCUCCGCCCCCAGGAGCUGGGGGUCUGCCCCUGCCGCCGCCACCACCACCGCCACCACCACCACCACCCAGCUCUGGGGAUGGGCCAGUCCUUCCCCCACCCCCCCCUUCUCUGGGGCCUGUGGGGGGCCUGGCCCCUGGUGGGGGUCGGGGGGCACUUUUGGAUCAAAUCCGGCAGGGAAUUCAGCUGAACAAGACCCCUGGGUCCUCUGAGAGCUCUGCACUGCAGCCACCACCUCAGAGCUCAGAAGGGCUGGUAGGAGCCCUGAUGCACGUGAUGCAGAAGCGAAGCAAAGCCAUCCACUCCUCAGAUGAAGGGGAGGACCAGGCUGGAGAUGACGAUGAGGAUGAUGAGUGGGAUGACUGAGUCACCACCAUCCCCACCUAUUCAGUGCUCCCUCCCCUUGGCAGCCACUGCUCCCUGCUUUCCUCUUUUGGCUUCCAGGCCCCCAAGGUCCAUUUCUUCCCCACCAACCGCUAAUGAUAUUAUCUCUGACUGACCCCCACACUCACCCUAGCAAUAGCCAGGGCCCUUUUUAUACAAAUUUCUCAGUUCUCCUCACUCAAAGAUUUUUAAAC